GUUCUCUCAACACGAGUCUAAAAGCUUUGCAGCAUCGAGAGGAUCAAAUCGAAGCACCGGUGCCGAUCUCUCUCAGAUCCUCGAGUUCAAGAUGGUCACAUUCAGAUUUCAUCAGUACCAGGUUGUGGGGAGGGCUCUUCCUUCUGAAGCGGAUGAGCAUCCGAAGAUCUAUCGAAUGAAGCUUUGGGCUACCAACGAGGUCCGCGCCAAAUCCAAGUUCUGGUACUUUUUGAGGAAGUUGAAGAAAGUUAAGAAGAGCAAUGGUCAAAUUCUUGCCAUUAAUGAGAUCUUUGAGAAGAACCCAACCAAGAUCAAUAACUAUGGCAUUUGGCUGCGGUAUCAGAGCCGAACUGGUUACCACAACAUGUACAAGGAGUAUCGGGAUACGACAUUGAACGGUGCUGUCGAGCAGAUGUAUACCGAGAUGGCUUCGCGUCAUCGGGUUAGGAGCCCCUGCAUCCAAAUCAUUAAGACAGCGACUGUUCCUGCAAAGCUCUGCAAGAGGGAAAGUACGAAGCAGUUCCAUGACUCAAAGAUCAAAUUCCCCUUGGUGUUUAAGAAGGUGAGGCCACCCACCAGGAAGCUCAGGACGACAUACAAGGCAUCUAGGCCUAACUUGUUCAUGUAAUUCUUCUCAUCUUUGACCUCUCUUCUUUGAUAUGGGUAGUUUAUAGAAACUUGGAGAAGUAGAUUAAAUUUCUGCACAAAAAACCUUUUGUUUUUCUAGCACAAUUACAAGUUCCUCUGCUUUGGGUGUGAGGUGAGUUUGACAAUUUUGGUUGGAUUAAUUUAAAGCAAAUUUUUGAGGGUUUGUUUCUUAA